UGUCGGCAGGUUGUGUGUGUUUUCUUUUUUUUCCUGGAGAGCAGCAACAGUCUGAUCCUCUCAUCCUGGCUCUCCCCCUCUGAGCCCUACCGGCAUCUUCCUCUACUUUCACAGUUUCUACAGCCAGAGCAGGUGCAGCCUCCACCCCAAGCCUCGGCAGCAUGUUGGACCCGUCUUCCAGCGAGGAGGAAGGGGAUGAGAUCCUGGAGGUGGAGAGGAGAGAGGUGGCGGCCCCGAAGAGCGUCGCAGGAGCCCGGCCGUCAACGGGCCGUGCCGCCGCCGCCGACGGCCACAGCGGCGGCGCAGGGCUCCAGCCCCGGGGCCGAGGGAGUGGUGGCGGCCGCCCCUCCAGUCCAAGCCCCUCGGUAGGCAGCGACAAAGAGAAGGAAGACCUGGAGAAGAUGCAGAGAGAGGAAGAGGAGAAGAAAAAGAGACUCCAGCUGUAUGUGUUCGUGAUGCGCUGCAUCGCGUAUCCAUUUAACGCAAAGCAACCUACUGACAUGGCAAGGAGGCAGCAAAAGAUCAGUAAGCAGCAGCUGCAGACGGUCAAAGAGCGUUUCCAGUCGUUCCUCAGCGGAGACACACAGAUAGUGGCUGAUGAAGCUUUCAUCAAUGCUGUCCAGAGCUACUAUGACGUCUUCCUGAAGAGUGACCGUGUGUCCCGGAUGGUGCAGAGCGGCGGCUGCUCUGCCAGCGACUCCCGGGAGGUUUUUAAGAAGCACAUAGAGAAACGCGUACGCAGCCUGCCGGAGAUUGAUGGCCUGAGCAAAGAGACGGUGCUGAGCUCCUGGAUGGCAAAGUUCGACACCAUUUACCGUGGUGAAGAGGAUCCCAGGAAGCACCAGCAGAGAAUGACGGCCAGCGCCGCCUCUGAACUCAUCCUCAGCAAGGACCAGCUAUAUGAGAUGUUCCAGCAGAUCCUUGGCAUCAAGAAGUUUGAGCACCAGCUCCUCUACAACGCCUGCCAGCUGGAUAACCCUGAUGAACAGGCGGCCCAGAUCAGAAGAGAGCUGGAUGGACGGCUGCAAAUGGCCGACCAAAUCGCUCGGCAUGGUGGAAGGUUUCCCAGGUUUUCCUCCAGAGAGAUGGAGGCCAUGUUCAUUGAAGAGCUGCGGUCCUCUGUGAACCUGCUGAUGGCUAACCUGGAGAGCAUGCCGGUGUCUAAAGGAGGAGAGUUUAAGCUGCAAAAGCUGAAACGAGGCCACAACACGUCCAUCAUGGACAUGGGUCAGGAGGAUGAGAACACGCUGUCCAAGUCUGACGUGGUGCUAUCCUUCACUCUGGAGGUGGUGAUCAUGGAGGUCCUGGGUCUGAAGUCUUUGGCUCCAAACAGGAUUGUUUACUGCACCAUGGAAGUGGAGGGAGGACACAAACUACAGACGGACCAGGCUGAGGCCUCUAAACCCACGUGGGGAACCCAGGGUGACUUCACCACCACACAACCGUUACCUGCUGUGAAGGUGAAAUUGUUCACUGAGAGCACAGGAGUGUUGGCGCUGGAGGAUAAGGAGCUGGGGAAGGUCGUCCUCCAUCCGACUCCAAAUAGCCCCAAACAGUCAGAGGUCCACAAGAUGACGGUGUCUAAAGGCUGCUCAGACAACGACCUCAGGAUCAAACUGGCCAUCCGCAUGGACAAACCUCAGAACAUGAAGCAUUGUGGGUACCUCUGGGCCAUUGGCAAAAAUGUGUGGAAAAGAUGGAAGAAGAGGUUCUUUGUGCUUGUUCAGGUGAGUCAGUACACCUUUGCCAUGUGCAGCUACAGAGAGAAGAAGGCCGAGCCGGUGGAGCUCCUCCAGCUGGACGGCUACACUGUGGACUACACAGACCCACAGCCAGGUCUGGAUGGAGGCCGGACAUUCUUCAAUGCUGUGAAAGAGGGUGACACUGUGAUCUUUGCCAGUGAUGAUGAGCAGGACCGGAUCCUUUGGGUGCAGGCUAUGUACAGAGCGACAGGACAGUCCCACAAACCAGUUCCACCCACGCAGGUCCAGAAACUGAACUCGAGGGGGGGCACAGCACCACAGCUGGAUGCACCCAUUUCUCAAUUCUAUGCUGAUCGGGCUCAGAAGCACGGCAUGGAUGAAUUUAUAUCAGCGAACCCCUGUAACUUUGACCACGGCUCACUAUUCGAACUGGUACAGCGCCUCACUCUGGACCACAGACUCAACGACUCCUACUCCUGCUUGGGCUGGUUCAGUCCCGGUCAGGUGUUUGUCUUAGACGAGUACUGCGCUCGAUACGGCGUCCGGGGCUGUCAUCGACAUUUAUGCUACCUGAGUGAUCUGCUGGAGAGGGCCGAGAACGGAGCCAUGAUCGACCCCACCCUGCUGCACUACAGCUUCGCCUUCUGUGCCUCACACGUCCACGGAAAUAGGCCUGAUGGCAUUGGCACAGUGACUGUGGAAGAGAAAGAGCGCUUUGAUGAGAUCAAGGAGAGGCUACGGGUACUUCUGGAAAACCAGAUUACACACUUCAGGUACUGCUUUCCAUUUGGACGACCAGAGGGGGCGCUGAAAGCAACUCUGUCCUUGCUUGAAAGGGUUCUGAUGAAUGAUAUUGUAACUCCUGUUCCUCAAGAUGAAGUGAAAACAGUUAUCCGUAGAUGUCUGGAGCAAGCCGCUCUGGUCAACUACCAACGCCUUUCAGAAUACGCCAAACUGGAAGGGAAAAAGAGAGAGAUGUAUGAGCACCCAGUCUUCUGCUUGGCGUCACAAGUCAUGGAUUUAACCAUUCAGAAUGUAGGACGGUUAGUUACCCCCGCCAAAAAACUGGAGGACACCAUCCGCCUGGCUGAGUUAGUGAUUGAGGUGCUCCAGCAGAACGAGGAACACCAUGCUGAGGCCUUUGCCUGGUGGUCAGAUCUGAUGGUGGAGCACGCAGAGACCUUCCUCUGUCUCUACUCGGCUGACAUGGAUGCCGCUCUCGAGGUUCAGCCUCCUGACAGCUGGGACAGUUUCCCUCUCUUCCAACUUCUUAACGACUUCCUGAGAAUGGACUAUAACCUGUGUAAUGGAAGGUUCCACAAACACCUGCAGGACCUGUAUGCCCCCCUGGUGGUUCGAUAUGUGGACCUGAUGGAGUCCUCCAUCGCUCAGUCCAUCCACAGAGGCUUUGAGAGGGAGUCCUGGGAGCCCGUCAAUAACGGCUCAGGGACAUCAGAGGAUCUCUUCUGGAAGCUGGACGCUCUGCAGACCUUCAUCAGAGACCUGCACUGGCCUGAGGAGGAGUUUGGGAAACAUCUGGAGACUCGGCUGAAGCUGAUGUCCAGUGACAUGAUCGAGUCCUGUGUCAAACGGACACGGGCGGCGUUCGAGGCCAAGCUACAGAAGAGCAGCAGGACCACAGACUUCCGCGUGCCGCAGUCCAUCUGCACCAUGUUCAACGUCAUGGUGGAUGCCAAAGCCCAGUCAGCCAAGCUGUGUGCCAUGGACCUGGGGCAGGAGAGACAAUACCAUUCCCAGAUUGACAAUCUCAUUGAAGAGACUGUGAGGGAGAUGAUAACACUGCUGGUAGCCAAGUUUGUGGUCAUUUUAGAGAGCGUAUUAGCAAAACUCUCCAGAUACGAUGAAGGGACGCUCUUCUCUUCCUUCUUAUCUUUCACAGUGAAAGCUGCCUCAAAGUAUGUGGAUGUACCUAAACCAGGGAUGGACGUAGCUGACGGUUAUGUGACGUUUGUGAGACAUUCCCAGGACAUGCUGAGGGAGAAGGUCAACGAGGAGGUGUACAUAGAGAGAUUAUUUGAUCAAUGGUACACGAGCACCAUGAAUCUUUUGGGAACAUGGCUGACUGACCGUAUGGACCUGCAGCUCCACGUUUAUCAGCUAAAGAUACUCAUCAGGAUUGUCAAGAAAAAAUACCGUGACUUCCGCCUUCAAGGGGUGCUGGACUCGACAUUAAACAGUAAGAUGUAUGACACGGUGAGGAACCGGCUGACACUGGAGGAAGCUACAGCAUCAGUGAGAGAAGGCGGGAUGCAAGGCAUUUCCAUGAGAGACAGCGAUGAAGAGGACGAUAACUAGAACAAAGGGCCUGAAAACAACGGGAAUGUCAGAGCCUUUCAGGAGAGUGAGCGGUAUACAGCCUGAGAACCCAUGCAGCCUUCCCCCAAGGUCAAACAAUGUGACCAAACAUCCACCGUGUCCCUCCAUUCUUUGCUUUGUCAGUUUUGUUCUUGUUAGUUAGACAUUUUUGUUUGAAUUUAUACAAGAAUAUGAUGUCUUUGUCUAUAAAAACUUGCAUGAUGCAAGGCUUUCAUAUCAGCGCUUUGGAUUUUGAUAUUUCCACUGUAGACUCAUCGAGCUUUGAUCCUUCCAUUGUCCAGAUUUAGAUCACUAAAGCCAACUUCUUAAAGAUAAUACCUUGAGUAGAUGGAGUGGAUGCUUGAUUGAUUAAGAUUGUCCAUUGCCAACAGGUGGCAGUCAUUGACUGACUGCAAAGCCCACUUGAAAAGUUUGUUAGAUAAAGUGAGCAUCUUCUGAAGAGGAAUGCCAACUAAUCGAUCAAAGCAGCCAAAACUCUGAGGUUGUACCUUAUGCUGUCCAUCUACUCCCUCCUGUGCACACUUUCAGUCCAUCACUCAUGCUGUUACUUAUGCAUAGUCUGUUGGAUGUAUCAAAAUCAUAUGGAAAAACUAUAUCACAACCCAUGUUUUCAAUCAGGACAUCAGCAGUCAAAUAAAUGUUGCCAAGCUCUUAUUUCAAGUCAGUCAGUGAUGCAGAAGAUUGAUGUCUCCUGAUGAAGGAGUAAAGUAAGGCCAAAAUCGACUCAUUAUAUGUGUGAGACAAGCAUGAGUGUGACACUGAUCACUCACCAUGUGUAGCAGCCUUAUACAUUACAUAAAAUUGAAAAAUGCAGGUGAUUACAUCAAUAUGAAGUUCAUCAGUAGGCGGCCAUGUUUCUGUGACAGUAUGCCCGGAUUGGGAAACUCACAUGUUGUAAUCCUGUUGUACUGUUAUUUUUUAGGUUGCUUAUGAGGUAAAUGUUGAGGCUCUAAUGACCAUUUUUUUAAUUUAAGCUUCCAAUUUAAAAGUCACAACAAAAAUAAUGGAAUUAGAGUGAUAGAACCAUUAUUUUCAGUAGGCUACUGUUUAACAGCGAGAAUCCAAAUCUUAACAUUUCAGUAUGAUGUACUUCAGUUCCACAGAGCUCAACAGGCUAGAAACCCCCACAGGCUAGAAACCCCCAUAUACAUAGAAACAUGUAUGAUAAUCCAUAUUGAAAACAAUAAAACUACCUCAAAAGCAAUUAAUCCAUAAUAGCACAAAACUGAAAAUGUCAAUGCAACAAGCUUUUUGCUACAAAGGAGGAUAA